UCUACAAGACCUCAACGACUGGUUUUCUUGAAAUUUUGAAUCAUAAUCAACAAGAUGUUGUUUAAGGAGCAUGCUAAAAUUCAGGAAAGUACUUCCAGUAAGUUGGCAACAUAUCAAAUGGCAGGAGAAUGAUGUUGGAGGGGCUGCAACGGUAGAGGUCAAACAGGAUGUGAACUCAUUGAAGGAUCAGUCUAAAAAUUUAGAAGAAAACAUUGGAAUCAGUCUGGGAAAGGACCAAGAUGUAACUGAAAAUGAAAGUAAAAAACCCACAGCUGUUUUGCCUAGUGACAUAAGCUGUAAUGGAGUUAAGGAAGGAGAAACUAUUGUGAAUGGUGACACUGAGAAAACAAAUGAAGAGAUAAGAAAUUCUGAACCUGAAAAAGAAACUGAAGACAUUUUAAAUGAAUCUGAGAAGGUUGUUAAUCCAGAAGAUAUAGUCACUGAGAAAAAUGGUGAAGUCAAGAAUGAAGAGAAAGAUGUUGUACUUAAUGGACCUUCUGAAAAGGAUGAAACAGAAAGUACAGUUGUAGAAAAUUCUGUUAAGGAACCAGAUAAAAUUGAAAAUACUACAGAGAGUACCAGUUUAGAACAGAACUCUGAAGUUUGCCCUAUUGAAGAAGAAAAGAUACCUUCUGUUCCUGUUGAACUUUCAGAUUUAGGUAGUGACAGCUUAACCCAGGAAAAUACAAAUACAAGUGAUACAGUAACUGAUUCAGCAGUACAAGAAGAGACAGAUGUAGAAAUGAAAACUAUUGAAAACGAAAAUGCAACAUUUGUAAAUAGUCCAGAUGUUAGUGAAAAGCAACCAGAAGAGCUUACAAAAAUUUCUGGAGAAUUGAUUGAACAUAGCAGUAGCUCAGGGCCUCCAUCUUUAGUUAAAGAAGUUAAUAGCGAUGAUAAUUCUGUGUUAAGUAAUUCUGUAACAAGUGAACAUAUAGGUAAUGAAGAAUCUAUGGAAAUUGAUGAAAAACAUUUAAAUGAAGAAAUUCAGUCCGAACAACCAUCUGCUAUUGAAAGCAAAGACUUGAAAGUGAUAGCAACAGAAGCAGAAAAACCUGUUGAAAAAGAUCCCGUGAAAGAUAGUAGUUGUGAUCUGAAAGAAAAAAUUGUUGAAGAACCUAAAAAGGAAAUUGUAGUUAGAAGUGCUGCAACGUCUAUAAUACAGUCAAAGACAAUGUCAAAGGGGCAAAAACUUGACCAGUUACUGUCAAAAAUCACAACUAAGGCUGAAACUGACAGUCAGAAAGUAGUUCCACCUCCUCAAAAACAUGCUAAAGCUCGAAAAUCUUGUGUAAGCUCUGCUAGCAACUCUGUUAGUAAACCUAGUAUUCCUGCAUCAAUUACAUCUCUGACUUUUAAUGUGAAAGAACUAGAAAAGAAAGGGGUUCUAGAUAUGCCUAAGCCUAAACCCUCAAAGAGGAAAGCUUUUGAGCCUAUCAAAAUCCCAUCACCUGAUAAAAGCUCUUCACCCCCUAAAAAGGGGUCCCCAGUUAGAUCCCCAUUAAAGUCCCCUGUUAAAUCUCCAGGCAAAACAGAAAAUCCAUUUUUCAUAAAGCAGAAACUUAUUCGUAGAAAAAAGAAAAGAAAAGCAUACAAAUUGCCAGGGGAAAAAGUUUGGAAAAAAACUAAAUCCAAAAAGUCUGAAGAAAGGCAGUUAAGCAAAGAUAGUGAAAAAGAAACAAACAAUGACAAAAAUAAGGAAAAAGAUGUUGAGAAAACAGUUGCAAGUGAAAGUAGUGAACAGCAAGUUAGUCAGAUGGGGGCUAGUAUGCCAGUCAAUUCAACCCCAAACAAAGUGCCCAAUUUAACUUCUAGUGAUAAAGCAGCAGAUAGUAAAAGCUCUCCAACACAAAGGAAUGCUUUAGAUAUGUUGACUAUGAACUCUAGGAAAUCAUUUAGUUCUGCUAGUUCUAGUGGUAGUUUGAAGAAAGCAAGGAAAACAGUACGCCAAGGUAUAGACCCAGCAACACAUAGAACUCUGGAUUCCUUCUUGAAGUCUGGCAGUCAUUCUAGGAAGAUGCAAGAUACAGUUCCUGAAAAGAAUGUAUCUACAGAAAGAUCUAUGGAGACCUCAAAUGGUGAGCAAAGAAAGAGAAAAGCUGUAGACCAAAUUAAAUCUGGACUUAUUACUUCACCAAAAUCACCAGCAGAUAGUUGCCUGGCCAGCCCUGAAGAGAAGAAACGCAAAAUGGAAGCAUCGCAAUCCCCACCACAGCAACAACAUGUGAUCACUUUAUUACCAACAGGAAGUCCUCCACUGAGCAUGCCCACAGCAGGGCAUCCCAUAAUUCCAGCUUCAGGAACAGGAAGUCAGAUAUUCCUGUCUCCUGGUACAUCCAGCGGUUCACAGACAAUUAUCCAGAAUGGUACUCUCAAUGGAUUACCAAUGUUCCAGAUAUUUAAUAAUCAAAGCAUUGCCUCAUCACAAACUGCUCAAUUUGUAGCUAUUGCUCAAUCGCAAGGAAGACAAGUGGUAACAACCAGUUCACAGCCAGGGUCCACAGCUCUUCUUCAGCCUAAAGGCGUACCCUUGCUCUUUACACCUAUGCCAUUAUCAACUGUAGUAACAAAUAAUGCUGGUUCCCAGUCACAAGUGUUAUUUUCAAAACCAGGUGUGUUAGAUUCAGUGACAUCUUCAAUGUUUGGGAAACCAGCCCAGACUGUGCUACAGUCUGCCGUCCAGCAGCAACACUCUGUGCUUAAAAACACUCUGACACAACCAAGGAUGCAGUUACCUAAUGGACAGUAUAUAGAUUUGAAACUGCCAAAAGAUUUUCCUAAUGGAAUGUACCCUGUUACUCCUCCUAGAACUCCAGAGGAACAAAGGUCAGAAACUGGGUCACAGGACACUGGUGAAGAAAUGGAGGCUGUGUUAGGUUCGGUCACGCCAGAGAAAGAUGUUAUUCCGCUAUGUACAUGUAAGAUCAGUGGAGCCAGUUUCCAGAAAAUGACGACAAUAGUGACAUUCUGUCAGGCACUGGACUCUGUGGACGGCAAGGUUCUCGGUUGCUGUAAUAAAGUUACAAACCCUCAGUUGGUACGGCCAGCAGUGAAGAUACCAUUCCUUGCAUUAUGUGAUAGUCACAGGAAGCGACUGAGGGUACAUCAGUGUUGUCCAGGAUGUGGCCACUUUUGUACUCAGGGCAAGUUUUUACAAUGUAAGAAAGAAGGAAGCAGUUUUAUACAUAAUUUCCAUGAACAGUGUCAAGUGACAAAGGAUGGCAAAAACUUCUGUCCACACUGUGGGGAAACGUCCAACCAGUACGAGGUACAUCUGAGUAUGCAGGAAACCAAGCCAGCAGUUGCCAAGGAGAGCAAACCUUCAAAUAGAUCACAGGUGAAGGCUCGUAUAGGUGUUGUAGAUCGGAAGAGUACAAGUAGUGGAGAGGAGACGGCAGAUGAACCAGUGGUAUCACAUACUCUAGAUAAAUCCAAGAAAGUCCUGUCUACAGCUGAUGUACCUCUUGGGCCGGAUAGGUACUCCUUGGAGAGAGUGUUGUCAAGUCUUACUCAUGAAAGGCCAAAGAAGUACCGACAUCUGCCCAAAUGUUUGUAUACCCCGGCCUAUGACAAUGAUUUAGAGAGAGUUGUUUAUAUGCUAGAGGAUGGGCAUGACCCGAAUGAGUUGUAUGAUGAUUUAGAUGGUCAGAGUGCUCUUCAUGCAGCAGCAGCUAUAGGCAGCCUCAGUAUAGUACAUGUUCUCAUACAGUCUGGAGCAUCACCACACCACCAAGAUAAGUCACUGAAGACCCCACUGAUGUUUGCAGCUGAAGAAAACCACCCUGAUGUUGUCAGUUAUCUUAUUAAAGCUAAUGCUAUCAUUGAUGCAAAGGCUGAUGAUGGGAUGACAGCCCUUCACUUUGCAGCAAAGGCUGGUAAUGUGAACAUCAUUAACAUGUUGUUGAACUCGGACCGUCUGGACAUUAAUACGACAGAUGACGGAGGUUGGACACCACUGAUAUGGGCAGCAGAACAUACCCAGGUGGAUGCUGUCAAAUUGCUACUCAAGAGGAAAGCAGAUCCAAACUUGAGGGAUAGUGAAGAGAAUACAACAAUGCAUUGGGCAGCAUUUUCUGGCAGUGUGGCUAUAGCAGAACUUCUAUUGUCUGCAGGCUGUGAUCUCGAUAGUUUGAAUAUGCAUGGCGAUAGACCUUUACAUAUAGCAGCUAGGCAGAAUCAUUAUGAGUGUGUGGUGCUGUUCCUUGCAAGGGGUGCUGAUGUUGAAGCCAAAAAUAACAAGGGAGAAACACCUUUAGAGUGUUGUAUUGAACAGAACACAGCAGUGUAUCUUGCAUUGAAAGUAAAUAAACAGUUGAAAAGUUUUGGUGCCAAACAUAUGGGGAAACCUGAUAAAUUAAUUCAUAGAGACUUAUCAAAGGGUCGUGAAAACAUUCCAAUUCCUUGUGUUAAUGGUGUAGAUGAUGAAGGCGAGCCAAAAGAUUAUCUCUAUGUUGUUGACAAUAUAGAGACAACGUGCCUUAACAUUAAUCGUGUCAUAGGAAGUCUACAGACAUGCCAGUGUAAGGAUGACUGUUCAUCUAUAUACUGUGCUUGUGGCAAAAAUAGUAUACGGUGUUGGUACGAUAAGUAUAAUCGGCUGAUACCAGAGUUCAACAUGCUUGAACCGCCAUUGAUAUUUGAGUGCAAUAGGGCUUGUGAGUGCUGGACCACUUGUAACAAUAGGGUUGUACAGAAUGGUGUUAUGUCACGGCUACAGGUGUUUAAGACUGUAGGACGAGGCUGGGGAUGUAAAACUCUGGUCGACAUUGCACGGGGGACAUUUAUUUGCGAGUAUAUAGGAGAGCAUAUAUCAGACUGUGAGGCAGAUAGACGUGAGGAUGAUUCCUACCUGUUUGACCUGGAUAAUAAAGAUGGUGAGACGUACUGUAUAGAUGCUAGAAGGUAUGGUAAUGUAGCCAGGUUUAUCAAUCAUUUAUGUGAACCAAACCUUACCCCUGUCAAGGUGUUUGUAGACUCCCAGGAUCUCCGCUUCCCAAGAAUCUGUCUGUUUGCUAACAGAGAUAUCAAAGCACAGGAAGAACUAGGGUUUGAUUAUGGGGAGAAGUUUUGGAUAAUCAAGUGGAAGCAGUUUACAUGUACAUGUGGCUCACCAAAAUGUAGAUACUCUAGUGACACAAUACAGAAAACAUUGGAGGAAUACAGACAACGACAUGAAAUAGAUGGCGAGGAAAUACAAGAUUAGACCACCUUUUUUGUACAAUGAAUUAUCUAGGAGCACUUGUUAAUUGGUCCUGAACGUUGUGACUGUAGGCAACAUUUGUCUGUUACCAUAAUGUCAGGAAGCACCAACAUUUUAUAAAAAGAAAUGUUUUGAUACUGGUAUUUUUUUUUUUUAAAUCUAUACAAUGUUAUAUACUUAACCAAAUGGCUUGUCAGUCAAUAGUCACUCUGCUUAAAGUCUGAAUGCAGGUCAAUAGUCAAAACUGCUAUGAGCAACUGUCAUUUCCAAAAAAGGUUGAAAAAAGGCUGUGACCUUAGGAUGGUUGCUUUUGGUCUGUAAUGACCUAUAUUGUUUUUAUCUACGCUGCAUAUAUGAUGGUAUGUUUGAGCAGAUAGAUUGUUCAUGGUGAAAAGGUUGUUUGAUAAUAAUUUAUCAGUAGUUGUUACCAUCAGAAUAAAGCAACUGCAAGUUCAAAUAGAACUUAUUACAUCCUUUGUGAGAUCUUGAUUUGAAGUGGAAAAUAGCAAGUUUGAAUGGGUACAUGGUUUUCAAAAAAAUGUGGUAUAAAAUAAUACGAGAUUGGAUUUGAUACACACAACAAAAGUUUUGAAAAGUUGCUUGUCAAGUAGCAUAUUGAAAUAUCAUUGAUAACAUUUCUAAAACAUUCUUUGAAAAUUUCAUGAGUGUAUUAUAAUUAAGCAUCACCAGUCUAUGCCAAUGAAAACAGUCUGAUCAAGAUCUGCAGUGUUUGCCAUUCAGUCAGUAUCUUUCUGUAAGCACCCCUUUUAACAG